AGCGUGUAAAUAAAGGGCUAGGUUGUGAUUUUAAUAGACUCAUACUGCGCGUACUAGGCUGCAUACAUAGCAUUUCGUGAUGGCAGAAACAAAUCACUUGUCCGCUUACACUUAAUAUGCUCCCUGUCGCGGGGAUAAGGGAGCCACCAGACCAGUCUCAAAAUGACCACCGGCAUCAGCCCCGUCUCCUGUCGGUUCGCAGAUUAUUUCGUGGUCUGCGGACUGGACACCGAAAGCGGGCUGGAACCAGACGAACUCUCCGCUUUAUGCCAGUAUAUAGAGGCUACUAAAUUCAGAGAUGGGGCCAGAGGAAAUUUGGCAGGGGCAAGUGAAGGUGAGAAUUUUGAGCAGAGUCCGCUACGGAGAACCUUUAAAUCCAAAGUUCUUGCACAUUACCCAGACAAUGUCGAGUGGAAUCCGUUUGACCAGGAUGCAGUCGGCAUGCUCUGUAUGCCAAAAGGUUUAGCCUUCAGGACGCAGGUGGACACCCGGGAGCCGCACUUUCACUCGUUCAUCAUCACCAGGGAGGACGGCUCUCGGACGUACGGAUUUGCUCUCACCUUCUUCGAGGAGGUGACCAGUCAGCAAAUCUGCAGCGCCAUGCAGACUCUUUACCACAUGCACAAUGCCGAGCAGUAUGACAUCUUGCAUACCCCUACGUCCCCUCGUGGACCCGACGAGCCGCGACUCCAUCACCCCCACACUCAGUCUCGGCCCAUCCUCCACGCCGCGCCGGCCAUCUCUCGUCUGCAACGUUUCAAUUCGUAUGACAUCAGUCGAGACACGCUGUACGUGUCAAAGUGCAUCUGCUUGAUAACACCCAUGGCCUUUGCCCAAGCAUGCCAAAAGGUGCUGCAGCAACUUUACCAAGCCGUCACCUCGCCCCAUCCCCCACCUCUCCCGCUGGAGAGCUACGUCUUCAACAUCCUCUAUGAGGUGCCCCUGCCACCCUCUGGGAGAUCCCUAAAGUUCUCAGGCGUUUACGGUCCUGUGGUGUGCCAGAGGCCGAGCACAUCAGAACUUCCGCUCUUUGACUUUGCCAUUGGUGAAAUGUUUAACCUGCUGGGGGUGGAGAACGUUCUACAGUUGUUCACCUGUGCCCUGCUCGAGAUGCAGAUACUGCUCUACUCACAGCAUUACCAGAGGCUGAUGACAGUUGCAGAGAGCAUCACAGCCUUAAUGUUCCCCUACCAGUGGCAGCACGUGUAUGUUCCAAUUCUGCCUGCCUCUCUCCUCCACUUCCUGGACGCCCCUGUUCCAUAUCUCAUGGGCCUGCACUCAAAUGGACAGGAUGACCGCACCAAGCUAGAGUUGCCGCAGGAGGCCAACUUGUGUUUUGUGGACAUCGACAACCACUUUAUAGAACUUCCAGAAGAGUUGCCGCAGUUUCCCAACAAGCUUGAAUUCAUACAAGAGAUCUCGGAGGUGCUUGUGUCCUUCGGCAUGACACCGGAAGGAAACAUCCACUCGACAGACACGCAAGUCAAGCACAGAGGCUUGCGAUCAGCCGACGCUGUCUCCGACAAACGCAACGGCAACCUGGCGUCGCCUCUCAACUCUUACUUGCUGAGGGAGAAUGUAACCAUCGCCAGACUACAGGCUCUGGUCAAGAGGACAGGCGUUAGUUUGGAGAAGCUUGAAGUUCGAGAGGAUGCCAGCGGCAAUAAGGACCCACGAUUUCAUUGUGAUGAGGAGGAGCUGAAGAUGCACCAGCUCAACAUCCACGUGCGUGAGGUCUUCGCCAACCGCUUCACCCAGAUGUUUGCUGACUAGUUGGCUGACUACGAGGUGUUGGGGAUCCAGCCGAGCCAAGACAAGGAGUCCUGGUUCACCAAUCGAGACCAGAUGCAGAACUUUGACAAGGCCUCCUUCCUGUCUGACCAGCCCGAGCCCUACCUACCUUUUCUGUCCCGUUUCCUGGAGACACAGAUACACAUUCAAAACAUAAGUGAGAUCAAAACCGACGUGGGAAAGGCCAGAGCUUGGGUUCGCCUCUCCAUGGAGAAGAAAUUGCUCUCCAGACACCUGAAGCAGCUGCUGUCUGAUCUCGAGCUUACCAAAUCUUGUAAGUCUAGGGUUACUCUGGCACAGUUGGAUUUGGUUUUCUAUUUUCAGGGUAAAUCUGCACUGUGGUCCCACCUGCUACAUUACCAGGAAAGCAAAGAAAAGAAAAGUGCAACCCCAGCUGGUUUGGGACCUCCAGGUUUCAUUCACGACACUGAACGACGGAAAUCGGAUGGUGGUGGAUCUGCCAUGCCCCCACUUAAAGUGUCCCUGAUCCAGGACAUGAGACACAUUCAAAACAUAAGUGAGAUCAAAACCGACGUGGGAAAGGCCAGAGCUUGGGUUCGCCUCUCCAUGGAGAAGAAAUUGCUCUCCAGACACCUGAAGCAGCUGCUGUCUGAUCUCGAGCUUACCAAAAAACUAUACAAGCGAUAUGCUUUCCUGCGCUGCGAUGAUGAGAAAGAGCAGUUUCUCUACCAUCUGCUGUCAUUCAACGCAGUGGACUACUUCUGUUUCACCAAUGUCUUCACCACCAUCAUGAUCCCUUAUCACGUGGUGGUGGUUCCCAGUAAGAAGCUGGGUGGCUCCAUGUUUACAGCCAAUCCUUGGGUGUGCGUCUCAGGUGAACUGGCUGAGACGGGCAUCCUGCAGGUCCCCAGGAACACUCAGGAGAUCACAUUUGAGUGCCAGAACCUGGGUAAGUUGACCACAGUGCAGAUGGGUCAUGAUAACACGGGUCUCUACGCCAAGUGGUUGGUGGAAUGCGUUAUGGUCCGUAAUGAGAUCACAGGACACACAUACAAGUUUCCGUGCGGCCGGUGGCUGGGCAAAGGCGUGGAUGACGGCAGCCUGGAGAGGAUCCUCGUCGGGGAGCUGAUGACGCCCGUCACAGAGAACGAUGAAAGGAUGUGUCGCACGCCGCCAAUGCAGCAGUCGCCGGGGAUGAUGAGGAGAUUUGUGACAAUCUCACCAAAUAGCAAGCCAAAGUUAAACACAGGUCAAAUCCAGGAGGGAGUGGGAGAAGCCAUCAACGGCAUCGUGAAGCACUUCCACAAACCGGAAAAGGAGAGAGGCAGUUUGACACUUCUCCUCUGUGGGGAGUUUGGUCUUGUCUGGGCUCUGGAGCAGGUUUUCCAGCAUGGUUUUAAAUCACCUCGACUCUUUAAAAAUGUCUUCAUCUGGGACUUCUUGGAAAAGGCACAAGUGUACUUUGAAAGCGCUGAGCAACGGGAGGUGAAUCCGGAUGAGAAUUGGCAAAGCCGAGUGCAGCACUUCUGCCGCUUCAUGCGCGCCAUCAACAACACGUCAAGAAACAUUGGCAAGGACGGAAAGUUUCAGAUGCUCAUUUGUCUGGGUGCAAGGGACCAUUUGCUACAUCACUGGAUCGCCCUUCUCGCAGACUGUCCAAUCACGGCGCAAAUGUACGAAGACGCCGCGCUGAUCAAGGACCGCUCGCUGGUGAACUCUCUGAUUCGAGUUCUUCAGACUCUGCAGGAGUUCAACAUCACCCUGGAGGCAUCGCUCAUUAAAGGUGUCGGGAUUUAAACCAAACCAGCUUCCCGCUGGUUGCACCAAUCCAGUGAACCUUUUA